GGGACUCUAUAUAAGCUACGAUCACUGGAAGACGUGAAAGACAUCCACACCUGAGUGAGCUCUAUCCUCUGUGAAGACUCUCUGUCAGAAAGGAAAGAAACAAGGAACCAGAGGAAGAGGUAGUCCUGCUCACAAACAGCUCCGAGGCCUAGUGACUAACUUGACAUGUUUUUUGGUCUCCCACGUACUAUUUCAGGAUACAUUCGCUACUUGCAGACGUCAGCAGUGCAGACUGUGAUCUACAGGGCUCACGAUCUUGUAGUGCCGAGGUUGGCUGUUGUUCUGGGUGCUUUGGGGUUUGCAAUGUCCGGAUACAGCUCUCGCCAACUCACUAUUCACCACCGACCCUCCACUAGCAUCCUUCAUUGGCUGUCCAAACCCGCCAUUAAUGUUGAGAGUCCAGGAUCCCCUUCAGCCCGAGCCCGUAAGGCUCAAGCCAAUGCUGCCAUGGCAUCCAUCAAAAAAGAUGAAGAGGAUCAACCAAACAAAAACACAGGUGGCAUCGAGCAGCCUGUGAAGACGGCAACUGCCGUAUAAAGAAAAAAACAUUUGCCAUACAAGGUCUUACUGGGUAAGAUGGAGCAUUAGUCAAUAAUUUAGUCAGGGAAUGUGCCUUUGUACAAGAAAGCCGGUUUGCCCUGAUUAGUUUUUGUUUAUUUAUGAGAUCGGCUACAGUUGCACAAAGGAUUCAGCAGAUCUGUAUUAAUGUCCAACUGUUGGUCAAAAUAUUGAAUUGACAUGUUUGUGAAAAUUACUUGAAUUUUUUUUUUUUUUUUUUAAUCUGUUUAAAAAUACAGGCAUAUGGUUUGAUGAUGUCAUGCUUAGGCAAUGUCACUGGUAAAACAACAUUGUGAAUUGUGACAUCCUGAUGACUGUUCUUAGAAAUGUAUUUACAGUAACAAUAUCACCCUAUGACUGGGAUGUUCCUAAGCUAAAUUGUUUCCUGAAGAUUAGUCCACUGAGUUUAUUUACUAGGGCUUGUUAAUGAGAUGUGGUAGAUUAACCUGUUAUACGUCUUACAGAGAGAAUGUGGCAUUAAAAACAGUCGUAUAUUGCACACAGCAUUAAACUACAUGCACACAACUGGGAGGAUUGUUCUGAUAUAUUUUGUUAUUAAUGUUUUUCAAUGCUUAUUUUAGUUUUUAUAUGGCUGCAGUCUUGAUAACUCUAUCUUAAAAACAAGAAAUGCAAACUAUUGUGUAAAUUUAGCUGUGUACACAUUUACAUUUUAUAUGCAAAUAAAGAAUUAAC